AUGCCCAGGACUAUCGAUUUCGAUCAUGAAUCCACCCACCUCCUAGUUACGGUGGCCAACAGUGGCAGCGCCACUCAGACCAUGGAUACCCUGACCUCCUCCGGUGGGACAUUGCGGGAGGGUACACACCCUACUUCUACCGAUAUCGGCAUGCUUCACACCCAGAAUGCGGAUGCUGAACAUCAGAAUGCUCUUCCCGGGACCGGAGCCAUGAGCCUUGAGAGGACACACACAGAUACAACCGAUGAUCGCCAUGCCAGAACACAUAUCCCACUCCCGUUCGACCCAACAUAUCUGUCCGAUGUAACCAACGCCGACUGGGCUCUCCAUGUGCAACCAGGGACAACCUCGUAUCCAGUCUGGAACGAUAUACCACAGAUCGAGUGGCGUGAUGUGGACCGCAACCACACCCAUUUCUUGGAGCCCUUCAGGGGAAAUGGAGGUGACAUCCUCGAUCCCGUGCGGAUCAACGCGCCGCAGGUCGGUCAGGGAUAUGCAACCGGCGCCCACGCCUACCUUCUCGAGUCGAUGUCUCCGAUUCAUAAUCACGGAUCAUCUAUCGACUACGACUGGGCAGUCGCCCUGAAGACCUAUGACUACCUUCGUCCCGAGGAGGCAACGCAUUCCGUCGAUCUUCAGACACAGUGGUCGAAGGAAUCGGAGUUGACUAUAGCAUGGAGCCAGCGGCGUCAGGCGGCAGAGGAAGUCGAGGACCCGUUCCUCGAAGACCCCAUAAUACUUCAAAACAGGUGCCCGGAUGCUACUCCGUGGCUACUGCUCUCGCUUGAGGAGAAUAGCAAUUCCGACAACGAGGGCGCGCCCUCCUCUCGACACCUGCGGGGUUUCGCUGCAUUGUCUCAGGACAAUGUAGACGAAUAA